CAUGACCCUGUGAAGCUCGCACCCGCUUCCCGCCGUUUCCCCGCCGACAUGUCGCUGCUGCAGAAGAAGAAGCGGGACAAGCGGGUCCUGUCCGGCUCCUGCCCGGACCCCCAGUGCCGGGCCAGGCUCUUCUUCCCCGCCACCGGCUCCGCUAGCAUCGAGUGCACCGAGUGUGGACAGCGACACGAGCAGAGGAACCUGCUGGCCGUCGAGGAGGUGACGGACCCGGACGUCGUGCUCCACAACCUGCUGAGGAACGCCCUGCUCGGGGUCACCGGGGCCCCGAAGAAGGGCACGGAGCUGGUGAAGGUGAUGGGUCUGUCCAACUACCACUGCAAGCUGCUGUCCCCGGUCCUCACCCGCUACGGCAUGGACAAGCAGACCGGCAAGGCCAAGCUGCUGAGGGACAUGAACCAGGGCGAGAUGUUCGACUGCUCGCUCCUGGGAGACAGGGCGUUCCUCAUCGAGCCGGAGCAUGUGUCCACCAUGGGCUACGGCAAGGACCGGUCCGGGAGCCUCAUCUACCUGCACGACACCCUGGAGGAGGUGAAGAAGGCCAACAGCAACAGGGAGUGUCUCAUUCCCGUCCAUGUGGACGGAGACGGACACUGCCUUGUCCACGCUGUGUCCAGAGCGCUGGUGGGCAGGGAGCUGUUCUGGCAUGCCCUGAGGGAGAACCUCAAGCAGAACUUCAAGAAGAACCUGGACCGCUACAAAGCCCUGUUUCAGGACUUCAUCGACGCUGCCGAGUGGGAGGACAUCAUCAACGAGUGUGACCCCCUGUUCAUCCCGCCUGAAGGUGUGCCGCUGGGACUGAGGAACAUCCACAUAUUCGGGUUGGCCAACGUCCUCCACCGACCCAUAAUCCUGCUGGACUCCUUGAGCGGGAUGAGGAGCUCUGGGGAUUAUUCGGCCACCUUCCUGCCCGGCCUGGUGGCCGAGGAGCAGUGUCGGGGCAAAGACGGGAAGCUCAACAAACCCAUCUGCAUCGCCUGGAGCAGCUCGGGCAGGAACCACUACAUCCCUCUGGUGGGGAUCAAGAACACGGUGCUGCCCAAGCUGCCGGCCCGGCUGCUGCCCAAGGCCUGGGGCGUCCCGCAGGAGCUCAUCAGGAAGUACACCAAGCUGGAGCAGGACGGGAGCUGCGUGAUCGGCGGCGAUCGCAGCUUGCAGGAUAAAUAUCUGAUGAGGCUGGUCAACGCCAUGGAGGAGGUGUUCGUGGAGAAGCACAGCAUCCACCCGUCGCUGGUGGCCGACGUGCACCAGUACGUCUACAGACGGACCGGCGUGAUCGGCAUCCAGCCCGAGGAGGUGACCGAGGCUGCUAAGAAGUCAGUGAUGGAGAACCGGCUGCACCGCUGCCUGAUCUGCGGCGCCCUCUCCGAGCUCCACGUCCCACCGGAUUGGCUGGUUCCCGGUGGGAAGCUCUACAACUUGGCCAAAUCUACACACGGUCAACUGCGACCGGACAAGAACUACAGCUUCCCCCUCAACAACGUGGUCUGCUCCUACGACCCCCAGCGGGACGUCCUCGUCGCAGAUUACAAACUCAGCUCCCUCAACACCUGCAACUGGUGUCAUGGCACGUCGGUGCGCCACAUCCGUGGCAGCGGGUCCGUGGUUUACUUGGACGGGGACAGAACCAACACCCGCUCUCUGGGGGGGAAAUGUGGAUGUGGGUUCAAGCAUUACUGGGAGGCCAAAGAAUACGACAACCUCCCUGAAGCCUUCCCCAUCACGCUGGAGUGGGGGGGUCGGGUGGUGCGAGAGACGGUGUACUGGUUCCAGUAUGAGGGAGACACCGCGUUGAACAGCAACGUGUACGACGUCGCCAUGAAGCUGGUCACCAAGCACUUUCCUGGGGAGUUCGGCAGCGAGACCCUGGUGCAGAAGGUGGUGAGCACCAUCCUGCAUCACACCGCCAAGAAGAACCCGGACGAGUACAACCCGGUGUCCAUCGACGGGGCGCAUGUCCAGCGUCUGACGGACACCAGUGAGGCCGAGCCGGCGGCGGACACCCAGCCGCCCACUAAGAUCAUCCUGACCGGUCCCAAAGCCAAGACGCUCCACAAGGAGGAGCUGACCAUGAGCCGGGCGGAGCGCAGCCUCCAGCAGAGCAUCAGCGAGCAAGCCUUCGUCUCUCAGAGGCGCCUCACUGACAAGAUGAAGCAGGAGCAGAAAGGCCACGGCCGGGCGUCUUCCCCCGGGGGGUCUCCAGAGACAUCCUCCUCCUCGGCUCCAGCCACGCCCACCAAGUCCCCGUCCUCGUCCAGUAAGGAGAAGAAGAUCCGUGUGACCACCAGUGACGGCAGGCAGGCCAUGCUGACCCUGCAGGCGCAGACCACCUUCUCUGAGCUGCAGAAGAGCAUCGCCAGCCAGUUUGGCGUGCCGCCGCCGCAGCAGUGCAUCCGCUACGGCUUCCCGCCCAAAGAGCUGGCCCCCCCGAAGGCCGGCGAGGAGAAGGAGGCCAUGGCGCUGCAGCACGGGGACCGGGUGUCGGUGGAGAUACUGAGGGGUCCCGAGGACAAGAGCCCCUCCGCUGCCAUCCCUCGGGCCUCCAGCUCACACGCCUCCCUGCACUCGGUGAAGAGCGAGGACGCCGUGACCUCCGGCAGGACCAGCACCCGGGACCUGCAGGACAGCAUCGACCUGGAGAUGUCCUCCCUCUGUCUCCUAGCAACCUUGAUGGGUGAAGAUGUCUGGUCCUACGCAAAGAAGCUGCCGCACUUAUUCCAGCAGGGGGGGGUCUUCUACAACAUCGUGAAGAAGGACAUGGGCCUGAUGGACGGGAAGCACUGCACGCUGCCUCACCUCACCGGGAAGACCUUUGUGUACAACGCUGCAGAGGAGCGUCUGGAGCUCUGUGUGGACACCGCCGGUCACUUCCCUGUCGGCCCUGACGUGGAGGAGCUGGUGAAGGAGGCGUUGGUGCAGCUGCGCUCGGAGACGACCACCAGGGGCAGCAGAGAGGGCAGCCCGUCACACGGCGUGCUGCGGCUGGGCAGCGGUGGCGUCAUUCACAAGAAGGAGCAGCUGCAGAACGUCAACGCCUUCCAGGGUAAGGGUCACUCCCUAGGCAGUGCCGGUGGCUCCUCCCCUCCUGAACACCGGCCUAUCACUCGCCAGCACAGCAGCGGCGUGGACCUGAGCGCCAGCGUGUCCAGAUGUCCGCCCGACCUGUCGGACAUCCCCGAGGACGCCACCAGGGAGCUGGUCCGGAUGGCGCCGGGCUUCGUCACCAUGAAGGACAGCCGCGGCCUGGACCCCGGCCUGAUGGAGCAGCAGAGGAGGAAGCUGCAGGAGAUGGUCUCCUCCAUCCAGGCUUCCAUGGAGCGCCACCUGAGAGACCAGCAGGGCGCCGCAGGGGGCGGAGCCAGCCCCGAUCUAACAGGCGGGACUAAGAUGGGCACGGGCCAACCAACAUCUGCAGCCAGCCCUGCAGCUCCGGCUGCAGCAGAGUCUCCAGCUGGCAAAGCAGAUGAGACGCCAGAGGAUCCGGAGGAGAUGGACAGCCAGGAGUCCGGACAGCGCGGCGCCACCGAACCGAUGGAUCACUCCUGA